AUGCUGGCCUCGUCCAACGCAGGCGAGUACCUGUGCGUCGGGGACUACAUAUGUCUGUACUCCGUGGAGACCGAGGGGUACACGUAUAGUCUUCAGAGCAGCUCCGUGCAUAGCCAACUGUACCUGUACCGAGGCCAAGAGAAGGACAAACCAACCAAGAUACCAUGCGCACAAGCAUGCGUAUUCCAAGUGAGCAUUCAGAACCGCUACAAGCUUAACAAGAAGUACCGAAAGUACCUCGCACAGGCCAGUUCUUCCGGUAACCUGUUGGAGGACACGGGCGCUUUACCGCAACACAAGCUAUCUCUUGUUUUGUAGCUUGCAGCGGAGGCGGAGAAUGCGGACAACUUACAGGAGCAGCGGCGACAGAUGGGCAAGAGGGUCAGAUACGGGGAGAUCAUUCAGUUACGCCAUGUGUUCACGAACAAGUUCGUCCAUAUGUGGACCUCACAGACGUCUCAGAUUGACAAGAACAAUAUGCUGGUACUACUUCAAGAGUUUAAUGCCAAGAAUGCGCAGUUCCGAAUUUUGCCUCAGUACAAGGUCAAAUCGGAGGGUGAAGUGGUACAAAUCUACGACCAAAUCGUGUUUGAAAGCAUCAAGUCUCCAGGCCAUUUCCUGCACGCAAGCUCGGCCUUCCAGAUUGACCACUUCACCGUGGGGUCAGAAAUUAACCUUGGUGUGGAGAGGUCAGGUUUCACUCUUAUCCGAUUCCGAAAAAUGGCGACACAGGACUCGGCUCUUUAUGUCCGGGGAGGGAGUGUUAUCCGACUGUUUCACAAGGAACUUGAGGCGUACAUGGUGGCGGAGGGACUGUUUGAUGACGAAGUAGCAGAAGACGUUCAUUUCCGGAUCCGUGUUAUGGAUCAGCAUAAACCACGUACACUUUCCCCACCCACUUCCGGUAAUACGUUCUGGACGAUAGAGGCCGAAAAUAAUAUUUUCAACGGCGAUAUUCUGCAAUGGGAGCAGCAAGUGCGCCUACGUCACAUGACCACCCGAAAGUACUUGUGCAUCGAUGGUUCACGUGAGAUUCUUCUAAUCGACGACUGCGAAGAUCCACGCACAGUGUUCCGACUUCACUCCGUUAUAAAUGAAAGGGAUGAAAUAAGGUUCGAGAGCUACUGCCGAAUAGAACACGUUUUGUCGGGAUUUUGGCUUCAUGCUCUGAAGGACGAGGACUACAUACGUCGGAAAUUCCGGGAUAUAGAGAACGUCAAUGACCAAACUCUGAAAGGUUUGCGAUGGGACAGCGCCAUGGUCCGCCAGGUGUCUGCUAGCGGAGAGAGCCAGUAUGACGACGCGUUCACGAUCCAGAUGGUGGAAGACGAACACGUGGACGAGUUUAACUACGUCGCCGGAAUGGUGCCGUUCCUACGCAAUCUGAUCAAGGACAGACAGCAAGGCGUGAUAUUAAAUUCUAAGAAAACGCACCAGCUUUUGACGGCGAUGGAGGAACUAAGAAAGUACAUGCUGAUGAAGUCCGGACUGCCCAGCAAGAACCGCCAGAAGCUCAUGCGGAAUCUGAAGGUGAUCGACCUUCUGGUACGCAUCCUGCAGUUUCCGCUAGAGGGCGUCCCGGACGAACAGAACAUCAUCCUCGUGUUCAAGGAGGCGUACGAGAUACUGUACACGUACAUGAUCGGCAAGAGCCGGAAGAACGCGCUCUACUUCGCCAAGUACAUCGAAUUCUUCCAGACACAGUUCACGCAAAAAGGCGGUAUCGGUCUGAACGUGGCUCAGAUGAUAGUGGAGCUGAUACGAGACAAGAGGAAGAUUGUGGACAGAAUCUCGCAUUCGCAGAUCGACGAGUUUGUUAGCCUACUACAAUGCAGUCAGAAUUAUCGUUUCCUGGACCUUCUUCACGUGCUGUGUGUGUGUGAUGACGUCGCCAUUCCGAACAACCAGACGUACAUCGUAGAGAGAUGGAUGCUGUGUGAACAGAAAGGGAUCUUCGCGACCGCACGUGGUCAAGACAUCAACCGCCAGCCUAACAUUCUGUAUAUCUCAACAGAUGGGAACAAGACCUGGCUAGCACUUCACGAAUUUGUAGAUGAGAGACACCCUCAGUAUGACAAGGAUAAGCACGAUUUUCUGCUUCACCAGCUCGACCUGUACAUCGCACUCUGCAAGGGUCGUAACGACUUCGCGAUCAAUAUCAUCACCAAGGAGAUGCGUUUCAUGACGUGGGAGGAAACGUUCCUGGCGCUCAGGUCCGAUAUACUUCCGGACGCAAUCAGAGCCAAAUACUGCGACAUCACAACAAGCCUGUUCGUUGAUAUUGGGAACAACUAUUCAGUGUUGGCCCACCCGAACAUCUGCUUUGUCUACGACUACGUGGGGUCUAAAGACGAAGAAAAAAGUCAGGGGGAUUUUAUUGUGAAAGAGCUCGUAGCGAUAUUCCCCGUGCUUCGAGACUGGAUAGCAGAGUUCUUGUCCGAGAACAAGUGUAUGUACGCCUCCGAGGUGGGACACAACAUGCUGAUAGAACAGGUUGUUCGUCUGCUGUACUACCUGGUGAUGUUCGGCUACUACAUGGACGCAGAGGACGUUCAGAAUCUUCUGCCGCCACUGCUCAACCUUUUGGACGGUCGCCACGACUUCCCGUUUCCCAGCGAGAAGGAGAAAGGUUUCACGAAAGAUGAAAAGAAGCUUAUACAGCAGUUUCAGUUGAACGAUCGCUUCGAGAAGAGCAAGGAAACAGACGCCAUAGUGAACGCAAAAUACCAAGUACUUGAAGUGCUCGACCUGCUGUUGACAUACCAACGCAACUCCAGACUACAGAGUUUCGUGUCAAAGUUCAAGGUCGCCGAGCAGAUGAGCACAGCCGGUCGAGGUCAGUCGGUGAUGGCGCAGCUGCUUGACGAAGAAUUCAAUCCGCAUGACCAGAAAAAGAAAGGCCUGUCGGUGCAGAAAAAGGUUACUAAGGAGUUGAAAGACAUGUUCAACAUGUCAGCCAUAUUCGACGUCGAUUUCCUUACUAAAGUACUUAUGGAUUUGUCGAUGUAUAAAAACAACAGAGUGAUCAUCAAGUCUCUGAACAUUCUGAACAAACUGUACUCUUCCAAGAUGAACAUGUUCAACAUUUCCAAGAAGGCGCAGAUAUUGCUGACGCAAGACUCUGCCCGGGUCCACCGCGAGGUCCUGAAGAGCAUGCCGAUACUGCGGCGUCUCUCGAAGGCCAAGCUGGACGACCAGCAGGUGAAACUCAUGGGCAACAUCCUCGACGACCUUGCCGAGUUUUGUCACCUGCCGAUGACUCCGGAUGAGCCCCAUCCUAUGAAUCAGAACAUCAUGAUCAGCAAUGGAAUCUUAGACGUUUUGUUCGACAUUUUGGUACAGGAUAUCGACACUAAACUCCUGAAAAUCUACGGCGGCAUGACGGACAUCUUUAAGAAGGCGUUCUACCUGUUGAAGUUGCUUGCCCGAGAGAACCAGCGCGUACAGCAUCACAUCAUGGAGCGUCUGGACAUACUACUUGACGUGCGGGUAGUGGAGUCUGAUCUCGCCAUCGCUCUGAAGGAGGUAUUUUGUGGCAACCAAGCUACGUGUCUGAAGAUAAGUCCAAGACAGAUUCAGAAAAUUGUCAACCGUGCAGCCGACCUCCAAGACCGGGCGCCAGAGUUCCUUGACCUCCUCGGUAUGAUUGUGAAGGUGGUGGGAACCAAUCUGACACUGAAGCGGAACCAGGCUUAUGUGAUGAAGUACAUCAUGCAGAACUACAAGAAGGUCGCAUUUGUCCUUGACAUGUCUCGAGAAGAGAGGUCCCAGAUACUCACAAAUCCUCGGGAGAUAUCUCGUCUGAGAUACUACAUCAGUCUCCUGGACUUGCUGGCGGCUUGUGCGGAGGGCGAGAACAUGUUCAUCGAGUCUCUAUGCCAGACCAUCCUACCGAUCGAGGACCUGCUGUGGGUCCUCAACAACGACAACGUGGACAACGUGUACAAGAAACCCUUCCUGAAAUGCCUCCACCACGUGUACAUGAAGAGCGGCGAGACCACCGUCGAGACGGGGGCUAGCGAGCUCUCGCACUUCGGGGACAUUUGGCAGUUCAUGUCAACGGUGUCGGUCGAGAUGAACCGCCUCACUGACAGUGUUAAGGAGGACCCAGACAAGAUGGCAACCUACAUCAAGACGGCACCAGAGAAAAGUGGUAUCGCCGCCGCCCCUGACUUCGAGACCUCCUCCUACGGCAGCCUGUUGUACUUCCUGGAGGGAGUUCUUCCGUUCCUCGAGGCGUUCUUCCGGGACUUCUACUUCCCGGACCACUCCACGCACCCCAGUGAGCUGGACGAGACGGACCAUCUAGCGAAGGCCGUCGUGAUGUUCGGCGAGAUUCUGGGACCUCUCUUGUACAAGCCGCUACACAUGAAGAAUCUCGUCAAUUGCAUCACCGUGCUUGUUCCUAUAUCCAACAUGCCAAACUCGAAUCUCGAGCACGUGCUAGACCGGUUUGCUUCCGGCAUCACCGCCGAAGACACGUCUAGUGCCAUCCGACGGGGGAACAUCGAGUAUUAUUCAGAUGAAGUGGAAAUCAACGCCCAGUUUAGGACGUUUGCUAAGAACUGCUCCAUAGUGUUCGCUGGGCACAACACGGUGCUGGCCCAGCUUAAGGUUAAAUCCAGCAGAGAGUACACGGACCUGGGUGGUGAUGAGGAGCUACCGUUGGGGGAAGAAUUCCAGAGCCUGGUAAAGUGCUUCAUUAACCAGAACGAGAAAAAGGUCAUCAAGAAAUACGAGUGGACGGCAAAACUCAUAGAGAACCUGUAUAUAUCCUUGGAGAAGAAGCGGAUUACGGAGCAUGCCCGCAUGGAGCUGGACGAGUUGAACAUCAAGUGUCUGCAGAUCCUGAGGGCCAUGAUUCACAACGAGGAGAGGCAACUUCCGGCCGACUGGGCAACCAGGACUACGGAGCACAACAUUUCAAAGCCACUGAAGGUUGUCAACCAAAUUCAGAAUUUCUACGACUCCAAACAGUCCAUGAUGAAAAUCCUCCCUCACCUAGCAACGCGUAACGAGGAGGUUGCUAAGGAGGUGCUCGGCUUUCUUUGCGUUAUGUUGUUUAACGCUAACCAUACAGUUCAGCAAUCCAUGUUGGAUUACUUCUUGUCGACCAGGGAAGAGGUGUUCUUCAUGGCGGUUCGAGACCGGAUGACUCUAUCCACGAACACCAUCAAAGAAAAGAGGUCACUUCAAGCACAGAUGGACGCACAGAAGAAAAAAGAUACUACCAGAACAGUCUCCAAGCGUGCCGCGAACACGUUUGUUGUGUCGAUACUCGCGCUUAAGCAAAUCCAGGCAUAUGAGGAUGCGUUAAAACAACAACGGCUGAGCGGAUGGAAACCAAAGCGUGCAGCGCAAAAGAAGAAAAAGAAAUGCGCGGAGAAAGGUUCAAAGAAGAAAGAUGAGAAAGAAAGGAAAGUCAAAGAAAUCAAGGCUACAGAGGGCGCUGCUGACGGGGAGGGGGAGGACGAGGCGGUCGAAUACCGUAACGAUGGUUACAUCGAGCUUGUUCUAAAGGUCAUGGCGAGAAUGUGCGACGGACAAAACCAUUAUUUACAAGAUUAUCUUAGAGAGCAGCCCGACAAUGUGAAAUCUUUCAACAUUAUUGGAGAGGUCACACAAUUUCUAAAUGUCAUAUACUCUAACAUUACGCCUAAGAGUAUUGACUUGAAUAUCCAGAUCUUCGAUACAAUGAACGAAUUUACAGCUGGUAACCAAGAGAACCGGAUUGUUAUAUAUGACAAUAAGAUUAUCGACUACAUCAACUUCAUCAUGCGAGCUGGGGACUUUGAGGAUUGUCCACAAGACAAGAUCCUUCGUCUACGAGAAAGCAUCUCCAAUCUCGUUCUGUCGUUGAUUGAAGAAAACGGAGCCGGAAAAACACAAGUUGCUCAAGAAGUGAAAGACACAUUGGACAAGAAGGCGGUCGUGGCUCUAAUGACGGAAUGCUUCGAGAACCACGGCAUCGACAGAAAGAAGCUGGAGGAGAUGAAGUAUAUUCAGUUGGAAGGCGUGCCGCCUCCGUCCAAGAACAACGCGUUGUCGGGGGCCAAAGAUAGGCUGAUGAAGGGACUAGGGAAGCAAGAACGUAAUGAGUUUGCUGAGGAGUACGAGGACGUGGGGUACAGGCUCUUCCUGAUCCUGGCUCGAAUGACGGACAUCGACCCAAAACUCAUGGACACUUUGAAACUAAACCCACUUCAACAAAAAGCCUUCAACUUCUACAAAAAGAACUGUAUGUCUAUUGAAAUCGUCAAAGACGACGAGUUGCAAAAAGCCAACUUUAGAGUCAAAAGCAAGCGCGUGCUGCGGGAGGAGGUGAAGGAGAUGUUAAAGUGGAACGUUGACCGCUCGUCGCCUAGCAACAAGAUCCGGGACCUCAUGGCCUGGUCCAAUGACAUCAUGAAGGAUAUCGCCUAUCAGAGGAAGAUCCUCAGCAAUCCGCUGGCUAUCGUGCUGACGAAGGGAUGGCUGGUUUGGAACCAUCUGGUGACGGUGUUGUCGUUUGCCAUCAACAUUCUGAUGCUGCUUACGUGGGACGCCAAAAUGUCCAUGUCCUCGCCGGGGAUGGCGAAAAAUUCUUCCGUGAUUCCAUAUGCCGUCAGAGACCCCAUACCAAACAUACGGAAUCUGAGCCAGGACCAGUACAAGCUGGCCAUAUACAUUCUCGGCGGACUCCACAACUUUUUCUGCCUACUCGUGUUUAUCAGCUACUUUGUUGGCAACCAUCCGCGCCUGCCCAACCCCAAGGCUAUGCUAGAGUCUGUCAAGUCCUUCAUUUACACACCAAAGGGCAAGGAGGAGGACGUGGACAAAGAAAAAGAAAAGCAGCACGUGUCAAAGAUGGACGCUAAGCUGUUCAGCUUCAGCACUAUAUACUACAUGGCUUUCGUCGGUCUGUCAGUGGGCGGUACCCUGUUUCACGGCUACUUCUUCGCCUUCCAUCUCCUGAACAUCGUCAACAACAAUCAGCUCUUGAGCGGGGUCAUCAAGGCCGUCACACAGAAUGGUCGGUCGCUGGUGUGGGUGGGAAUUCUGGGCCUGGUGGUGUUCUACUUGUACGCCAUCGUCAGCUUUGCCAUGAUGCGCAGCAUGUUCAACCCGUGUGACUACAUGUACUGCGACAACCUGUGGCAGUGUACCAUCACCGUCAUCAGAUACGGGCUCAUCGGGGACCUCUUUGAAAAUUUGCGCGCGCACGAGACGGAGAAAGACUUCCGGAUGUUCGGCCUCGUUGUAGUGUACCACGUGACCUUCUUCAUCUUCAUCACGACCAUCGGUCUUAACAUCAUCUUCGGUAUCAUCGUGGACACCUUCUCGGAACUUCGAGAUCUGAAGUGGACCUCCGAGUCUGACAUGCGGGACACGUGCUUUAUCUGCAGUAGGAACAGCUACGACUUUGAACAUCAUGGUCAGGGGUUCGAGCAUCAUGUCCGCCAAGAGCACAACAUGUGGUCGUAUAUUUUCUUCUUCAUCCAUCUCAACGGGACGAAGAUCAAUGACUACACGGCUCUAGAGAUGUUCGUCUACAAACUAUUACUGAAGGAGAACUAUGACUUCUUCCCGCUGGACCGCGCCCUGUCGCUGGCGGCCAUGGGUCAGGACUCAACAGAGGCCAAGAUAGACGACCUCCUGUUCCAGGUCACCUCCAUCGUGGACAAGCAGAAGCGAGAGGAGUUGGAAAAGAAACGAUAUGAAGAGCGUAUGAGGCAGAAGGCAUGGGAGGAGAAAUACCGCCUCGGGUCCUUCCGCAAAAAGGCCAAAGUGCCUCCACGUUCGGCGUCAGAGGAUAAUCUGUCGAUACGGGGAGGCGACGAUGACGACCAGCCAGGUCAGGCCACACUCCAGCUGGCGAUAGAAAGCCCACCGCAGCUUCUGUCACCAAGCUACUCCCGCCGACAGAGUCUUACAGGCGUAACAAUGAGGCGUCCCUCUAUCGUCGCGAGCGGUCCGGGUGGGCGCCCAUUACGCGACCGACGCCGACGAAGCGUCAGCCCCAUGGACCCGCGCGACGCUCUCUUUCGGCGGCGGUCGCCGUCUCGCUACGAGGACGACCAUGAACCGCUUAUAGGCGGCGGUUACGGCUACGACGAACGAGUUCAGAGCCCGACCGUGUUCGGCGUUGACAACGACUUACUGGAUAUCGCGCCGGUUUCCAUGAGUCGACGUCAGUCGUUCGACCGCAUGCGCAGUCCACGGAUGAGUCUCGCAACCAGUCCGAGGGAGCACACGUCGUUCUUCGCCGAGUCGGACCCGAUGCCGUACUUACGUCACCUCUCGCAUCAGUACUCGCAGGAGCGGCGGCUGUCGCAGACGUUCCCGGAAGGUCGACCUCUGACCUUGCCGCCGGACCGCCUACCGGAUGUAGACAGGGAGCGCGACGCCGACAGCGUGACGUCUGACGACAGGAUCCCGGAGACGAGAUUUUAAAACAUAAUUUACUGUCUAGCAAAAUGAUGUGGGAUUUUAUUUUGAAGAAGAAAUCUGCAUGCUAACAAAUCUUCCAAUGGACCAAUUUGCAACUUACUUUUCAUGUCGAUAGCGAUGCAUUUUCCAUUAAGAUAACAAUACGUUUUAGCUACACAAAGAGCAUAUUAGAGUGCUUAAUUGCACGUGCUUUGAGAUAAAGGGGCAAUCGUGACGUUAUUAAUCAUUUACUAAAUGUGCAGGCAUUAUGAAAAUGCAAUUGCAUACCGGUAAUGUGUGAAUUUAAACAAAAUAAGAUCAGGAGACGAUACGAUCAAUCAGAACAUUCGUAUUGCAACAGUGUCAACCCCGCAAACGCCAAGCUCUUCAAGUUUAUUUUUCCUAAGUGAUUAUGAUGCAUAAAUGCUUAUUUUUAUGAAAUUUUAAUUUGCCAAACUUCCUUGUAAUAAAAAGUGUUUAUAAUCCUUUUUCAAGUAACUAAGCUAAGCAAAACA